AUGAGUGAUAAAACACCCGGUGCUUAUAAGCACCUAUGCGGCAACGAUAAGCGUAAGAAGAAGUUAAAAGAAGAUGAAGAUUCAGCGAAACUGGCGGAAAAGUCUGCAAAAUUUUUCAAAAAUUUCAAGAAUGCUGGUGACACAGGAUUGGAAGCUGUAGAUGAACGCGGAAUUCGAACGGAUGAUAAUUCCCAAUUUCAACGACAAAAAUUGGAUCUAAAUCAACCUAGCACGAGCACAUUCGUCCCAAUUUAUAAUACUUCCGAUGGUUACGAAAUCCGUGCGGAAAAUCACGAAGUAGUUAACUUCACACAACAUUCCGAAGUGAGCACUCAAUUGGAAUCUGGCGGCCCAACAAUCCCGGAAAAUGACUCCAAUCAAGUCAACCCUAAAGCAGAGGACGGAAAUUUCCACGCCGAUGCACAAACAGCUGAUCAGGAUAUAAUUCUUGACGACCCAGCUUUAUGGCCUACGCCAAUAAAUUCUGCUUCUCGCCGGUAUUUGGUUACGAAAGGACCAGUCGCCGUAAUAAAUGAUUUAUAUCCGAAGAGGGAUGGUGAAUCUUUCGAUGCCCGUUAUUUUCAAAUGAGUCAUAACGGAAUUUACCACCGAAGAGAAUGGUUACUCUACAGUCGAAGCCAAAAUAGUCUGUUUUGCUUCCCAUGUUCUAUUUUUGGCACACAAACAAUGCACCGGUCCCCUUUUCAAUUAUCAGCGUCAAACAAGACCGGAUACACAGACUUUCACCACAAGGGAAGAUCCAUCCUCAGCCAUGAAGGGACACAGCAACACUUCUCGUCAACAGCGUCAUGGAAAUCGUUCCAGAAGAAUAUGAAGAGUUCGACAUUGAUAGAUGCUAUGACCGAAAAGCAAUUGAAAUCUGAAAUCUCGUUUUGGAAGCAAGUACUUAAAGGAAUACUGAGCGCAAUUAUUUUCCUGGCGAAAAAUAAUCUGGCCUUGCGAGGAUCGUCAACGAAUGUUUUGGACCAUAAUUGUGGCAAUUUCUUAUCAUUGAUUAAACUGCUUGGUAAUUACUACCCUCCACUCACGAUGCAUUUGGAAAGGCUUAAGAAGAAUAGCACUUCAUACCUAUCCCCAAAAAUACAAAAUGAGUUCAUCACUCAAUGCGGAAACUGGGUUCGCGAGACUAUUCUGGAGGAAAUUCGAAAUGCUAAAUAUUUUUCGAUUAUCAUCGACUCGACUCCUGAUUCAUCCCGACAAGAGCAAAUUACCGAAGUAAUUAGGAUUGUGAAGUGUUCUAAAAAAGAAUGCGUAGUCAAGGAGUACUUCAUUGACUUCAUCGCGUCGGAGGAAAAGACCGGAAAUGGAUUGUCAACCGUGGUAGUGCAAAAGCUGGAGAAAGAUAAGCUCGACAUCAAAAAUUGCAGAGGACAAGGGUAUGAUAAUGGAGCCAACAUGGCGGGAGCAUACAAAGGUGUUCAAAGUUGGAUUUCAAAAAUUUCUCCCAAGGCUCAAUUUAUUCCAUGUGCAGCGCAUUCGCUCAAUUUGGUAGGAGUUAAUGCGGUCGAACGUGUUCUUCAAGCAAAAUUGUCACUUGGUCAAAUUCAAACCAUUUUCAUAUUUUUCCACGCCUCAACCCAACGCUGGAAGUUACUGAAUACAAAAUUGAAUUGUAACCUCAAAGGACAUAGCACAACCAGAUGGUCAUCCAGGGCUGAAUCGGUCCAGGCCUUAUCGACCCAGUAUUGGAAUGUCGUGGAAGCCCUUGUUGAGAUAACUACAAGUGAUACCUUUAACUCUGAUUCUGUAGCCGGAGCAGAUUCAAUCCUUAACAUCAUGUUGACAUUUAGAUUUCUAUUGUCACUUAAGAUUUGGCAUCAGAUUUUGCACCAUAUUAAUAUUUGCAACCUCACUCUACAAAAAGGAACAAACAAUUUGGAUCUGGCCUCCAAGAAAUUAGAAGCUCUUCUCUCUUGGCUGAAGGAAUUUCGAUUAAGUGGGUUUGAAGAAUGCCUAUCCGACUCAUGCACACUCGCCAAACAAUAUGACAUUGACACAACUACUGGAUUUAUGGAUAAACGGAAAACCAGAGGAAUUAAGCGAAAACGAUUAGAAGAAUUAUCCGAGGAUGCCGCCAAGGAACUUACCAACUUCGAAAGAUUUAAAUUAGAAUUUUUUAACGAAUUAAUGGACAAUUUAAUCUCCGAGAUUGGUUCCCGAUUUGGUCAGUUGCGGUCUUGUAACCAAGACUUUGGAUUCCUUUGGGGAGUUGGACUUGCAGCCGGCAGUAAUGACAGCUUUAAACAACGUAUAAACGACCUGUGUGAAAAAUAUGAAGGGGACUUCGACCAAAUCAAAUUUAUCAAUGAAAUGAAUUAUGUGAAGCAUCAGAUAUCUUCACUACUACCGAAUGGAAGAGAUAUUUAUGACACCUGCCCAGUUGAAGUACUUGAGAUCAUUUACGAACACGAUUUACAAUCAUGCUUUCCGAAUGUGGCCUGCGCCCUUCAAAUUUUUCUCACGCUUCCGGUGACUGUUUCACAUGGUGAGAGAUCAUUCUCCAAAUUAAAAAUUAUUAAGAAUUAUCUCCGUUCAUCUAUGGGCCAAGAGAGGUUGUCAAGUUUAUCUAUUCUUUCAAUUGAGCACACGAUUACAGAUACUAUUUCCUUUGAUGAAAUGAUAUGGGUAUUCGCAAAUGCAAAAUGUAGAAGGGUUCCGUUGGAAUAA